CGGACCAUCACCCUCUACGACACAAACCUGCCAGAUGUGACAGCCCAGGACUUCGAGCAGGUCGACCUCUCCCAGUACAAGUGGAUCCACUGGGAGGGCAGAAACGCGGCCGAGCAGGUGAAGAUGAUCCGGCGCGUGGAGGAGCAUAACCAGGGCUGUGCCGCGCACCAGCGCAUUGCCACGUCCGUGGAGGUGGAGAAGCCGCGGGAGGAGCUCUACCAGCUCCUGGGCUAUGGGGACGUGGUGUUUGUCAGCAAGGACGUCGCAAAGGUCUUUGGCUUCCAGUCGGCGCCUGAGGCUGUGCAGGGCCUGUCCAGCCGGGUGAGGCCGGGGACCACACUCAUCUGUGCCUGGGCAGAGCAGGGCGCGGAUGCACUGGGGCCGGCGGGGGAGCUGGUCCACGCCGAUGCCGUGCCCCCCGCCCGCAUUGUGGACACGCUGGGGGCUGGCGACACCUUCAAUGCUGCCGUCAUCUUCGCCCUGUCCACAGGGCGCGGCCUGCAGGAGGCGCUGGCCUUCGGCUGCGAGGUGGCCGGCAGGAAGUGCGGGGUGCCCGGCUACGACGGCAUCGUGUGAUGGCAAUGGGACCACGGGGGUGGUGCGGGGCCUGCGUGGGGGGCAGCGUUGCCCUGGCCCCGGCCCCGGUCCCCUGGCCUUGUCCCCACAGCCCCGUGCCCUCCGCUCAAUAAAGAUGCUGAAGCUC